CAACCAUCAGUUCGUUGGGAACGCUCGUCGGACGCAGACUAAUUCGUUACGGUUGUUUCGCGGUCGCCUUCCAGUCGUCGAGAUUAGACUGUGUUCUAUUGCAAAAAGGUUCUGGGACUAAUCAGUGUAUUUUUUGGUGAUUUUGGAAUUCUUCAGCUUGGCCUUAUGGAUUAAAUGGUGGAGUCAGUGUGACAAGGACCAACGAAUGCAUAAUUUACAGUAAUCACAGUACAUUCGGUGCAGUGAGGAGUUAUAUCCAAUCAAGUGCAACGCAACGGUACAUGUAGGUACGUACAAAAGAUUCCAGUGAAGCAAAGUGACGAACCUUGUCAUAAAAAAGGCAAAGUGAUUAGUGCGCGAAAUCGAAGGCAUGACCAAUUGGGUGAAAAUUUAUGCAUAAGCCGUUACGAUACCAUAAAAAGGAACCAUUGUCUACACUUUCGAGCAAGUGCUGAACGUACUGUGAUAGAGGUAAAAGCACCGAUGAGAUCAUCACCUGUCUUGUAGGAAAUUGAUGACACUUUUUACAGCCCAAAAGGUGAAGAGCAUCGAGGGAAAUUCCUCCAACCGAUGCCGAUUAAACGCUUCCAAGACUUCGAACGUGCAGAUUGUGUGAAAAUUAGUAAAACACUCAAAGUGAAAUUUCCCUCCCACAAUUAUCUUCCCACUGGGUGCCUCGUUUGAUUCGAAACAUCGUACGCGAAGAAGAAAAUCCUACCGCAGUGAAUGUGAACAACUUAUAGCUCUUCAUAUUAUUGAAUUUUUAAUGAAACAGAAAGCGGAGAGGUGUGACGAAGAGAAGCAAAUAAAAUCUGGUUUCUGGUUUGAGGAGUUGAAAAAGUGCCGUGAGCCGUCUGCUCAAACUUGGAAGAUUUGAUAACUGGUAGCUGGUUACUGAGUUGCGAAGUUGACGACGAAUUUGUUGCGCUGAAUUGGAGAGAGUGACGAGAAACCUGUUUUUGCUUGCUUUGAAAAUUGAAUAAAGUGCAUCCAACCAACAAAGGAGAUAUUUCCUUCGUGUUUGAAAGCAUUCGAAUAUUGAUUCCCCCCCGGUUGGUGAAUAAAUUUCCCAUCAAGCUGACACUGAUUGGCAUCAUUCGUUAAUUGCAGAAAUUCGUUAUUGUUGGAUUUUUCCGUUCAUAAUGGAUUGCUGGCGAAUAAAGUAAUUGAGACGCACACAAGGUGCCAUACCGUGCCGUACCCAGUGAUUACAUUUUCCUACUAACGAGAUGAGAUGAUCGUCUGCGGCAACAGAAAGCCUUCACAUCCGCUCCAUAGCCCAACAGCGCAACGCAAUUAACGGAACACUUUUCGAAACCAUGACUUCCUCCUAUGAACGAAUAAAGGCAGAAUGUAAGCAAAAAAAUGUCCUCUGGGAAGACGAAGACUUUCCGGCGACGCAGUCGUCGGUUUUUUACCAUCAGACCCCGCCCUUCACAUUUCAAUGGAAACGGCCGCACGAAAUCACCCAAAGUCCGGUGUUCGUUAAUGAUUCCACGGCACAGUUCGACAUUGUGCCGGGUAAAAUGGGGGACCGAUGGCUCGUGAGCUGCCUGGGUGUGCUCUACCUUUCGAAGGGGCUCUUCUAUCGAGUCGUUCCAGCAGAUCAAAACUUCGAGAAGCCAUACUAUGGGAUGUUUCGCUUCCGACUGUGGUGGUGCGGUGAGUGGUUGGAAGUUCUAGUCGACGAUAGAUUACCAACAAUCAACGGAAAGCUGGCGUUCUUGCAAGCCCAGAACUCAAACUCCUUCUGGCCGGGCCUGCUGGAGAAAGCCUAUGCCAAAUUACACGGGUCCUACGAAGCUUUAAAAUACGGUACGCUGCUGGACGGCCUGGCGGAUCUCACAGGAGGCAUCACCGAAUCGAUAUCGAUCAAGACGGAUGGCAAUAUUCUGAUACGACCUCCCCUUCUCCACUCGCUACUGGACACGACCAGCAUAGUGACCUGCACAGUCAACAACGGGACCGCGACGCAAAUCCGGAAUCAAACCGAAGCUUUGCCGAACGGAGUACACGUUGGCAUUAACUAUCGGUUGUGCUCUCUAGACAAGGCUGAAACAAUCAUGGGGGACACCGUCCAGCUGGUACGACUUCGGAAUCCUGUAUCGCAAACCCUAAACAAAUCCGCCACCUUCAACGGAGACUGGUCGUCCUUCUCGAGCUCAUGGGAGCGCGUCCCCAUGAACGAACGGAAUCGUCUCAUCGAGCAGUUGGACGUCGGCGAGUUCUGGAUGUCGUUCUUUGACAUGACCCAAACCUUUAGUCAUUUGGAAUGUGUCCACCUGGACUCGGAUACUGCCCGAGACGAGCCUCAGUUAGCCGAUAAGAACCGACGCUGGUUGAUGCGUCUCUAUCAGGGUGCGUGGAAGCGUGGUGUAACCGCUGGCGGUUGCCGUAACAAUCCCGACUCAUUCCACAUCAACCCACAGUUGCAGCUCUUCCUAAGCGAAAAAGAGGAUGUGAUAGUCUCGGUUAACCAGCACAGUGUGCUGGAACCGAAGGUGAUUGGAUUCACUGUGUACAACCUCAAUAACGUUCAAAACAUCAACGGGUGCCUAUCGAAGAACUUCUUCAAGAAACAUAAAAGCUUAGUCAAUUCACAGUAUACCAACUCACGUCAGAUCAGCCAUCGAUGUUCGUUAGAUCCCGGGCGCUACCUGAUUAUGGCUACGACGUUUGAACCCGCCGAAGAAGCGUCAUUCAGUGUUCGAGUCCUGGGGACAACGAUACGGUUAUCGCUGCUGGAAACGCAGACCAUGCUAUUGUUGGAUCCAUUCCCGCUGCUGAAUUCAAACGCCAAAAUAUCAAUGGAUUCAGCCAACAACAAUGUUAGUGCAGCGACCAGCACAGCCCAGUACGAACCAGUAUUUAUGCAGUUGGCAGACGAUCAGCGGACCCUGAACUGUUUCGACCUGCAAGAGCUGUUAGAAGCAUGUCUUCCCAACGAUUACAUUCGAAGUUGUGCCAGUUUGGAAGUGUGUCGACAAGUCGUCUGUCUAAUGGACAAAACCAACCGUGGUCGAAUCAACUUCAACGAUUUCAAUAAGUUUAUGGUGAAUUUAAAGACUUGGUGGGGCGUUUUCAAAAUGCACACCAAAGAGAAGUCCGGCAUACUACGGGCAGAGCGAUUCCGCGAUGCAUUGUACGAUGUCGGGUUCCAGUUGAGUACGGACAUCCUAUCUAUUCUAAUACUAAGGUAUAUGAGGAGGGACGGCACUCUAAGACUGUCGGACUUUAUUUCGGCCAUUCUACACCUAACGAUGGCCUUUGAACUGUUUAAAGCAAAAGAUACCAAUCAGGAUGGUGUGAUUAGCAUGGGAAUGACAGAGUUUAUAAAAUCAGUCUUCAUGUGCUGACCAAGAUCACGGAAAAACGUCAACUAGGGAUCCAACAGGCAAUAUCACUUCGACACAACCAUCUACAUCGGCAAGUUCAUCGUUGAGCUCAGUUUUAACCGGCUGCAUUGUAAAUUCCAGAACAAGCACGAAUAAUUACUGUGCAGUAUUGGCAAAUCAAUUUUGCUAUUAUAGGGUUAUGAGCCUGUAUCUGGAACGGGAUUCCAUCCGCUUGUCGUUACCCUGCAAUGAACGUGGAUAUGCAACAUGCGAAAGUUUUACAUUUGUUAAGAAUGAAAACUCUAAGUACAUCGAAUACCGUCUAUAAUUUUAAGAUGAAACAUAUUUGUGUAUACACAAUAGAAACCAGUUGAAUUUGUUUUAAUUGAAACGAAAAGAACAAAUAGGUUUGUGUUUACCUGUGCAUACCUAUAUAGAAACAAAUUUGCUCACAAACAUACGAAUAAUUGUUAUGUACGUGCUUAGUUGAAAUGAGAAAAUAAAAUAGACUUUUUGUACAACCUAA